AUGCUGUUUGACCGGCGACUCGUGCUUAGGGAAGAUGCACCGCGACGACCGUACCGGAGUAAUGUAUCUACGGCGUCCUUCGAGUGCCCACUUCUCAAAGGGCUGCACUACGGGCAACGGAAGCUGGCACUGUCGGAAGUGGAGUUUUUCCUACAGAUUGCCAUGUACUCCAAAAACUGCAGCAGCGCCGCGUCUCUGAAGGUCCUUGUCGUGUACGCCGGCGCUGCUUGCGGACUUCAUCUGCCGUUUCUCUUUUCUCUUUUUCCGACGCUCGAUUUUGUUCUCAUCGACCCGGCACCGUUUUGUUCACAGGUCAAAGAGAUCGCAUCGAAGGAGGGGAGCUGUGUGCUAGAGCUCAUCGAGGACUUCUGCACUCCGGAGCUGUGCUUGCGGAUUCGGCGUACCUACUGUGAAACGCACGACAUCUUCCUGGUGAGUGAUAUUCGCUCUGGCGAGCCUACAGGAAUGUCUCUGAAUCAGGAGCACACGGAUAUGAUUCAGCAGGACAACUAUGCUCAACGAGAGUGGUGCUUCUCUCUGGAGGUACAGGCGGCAAUGCUGAAGUUUCACCCUCCUUAUCCGGCCACCAAGGAUAGCGACCUGACCAGCAACAACGCACAGGACACGACGGUGGAGGAGUACACGUACUUGGAUGGAACGCAGCUGCUUGGAGUAUGGGCACCCAAGUCUUCCUCAGAGGUGCGUUUGGUCGUUGUCGGGCCGUUCAAGCACGGCUACGAGGCGCCUGCUCGACGCUACCACUGUACAGCGCACGAGGAGCAGUGCUACGCGUACAACGUGGAUAACCGGUAUGAGAAGGACUGCGCUGCCGAGCGCCUCAUCCUGGAGACGUACCUCAGCGCGUUUCCCGACGCGUACAAAUCUGUAGAGCAACUCUCCAAGACGCUCAGUGAGAAACUGGGAUAUCCGCUGUUUUGUCCGCUCGAGCCGGGGUUCACAGAGCAGCAUGCGCGAUGGGUGACACUACUGUACUCAACCGGAAAGCCUUCUGCUCUCCAAUACUUUGAGCUGCUGAAGAACGACAUGUCUGUCGCGCAGGUGGCAAGGCUUGUUUCAGAGCACAAGGACUGCAGCGAGAUCCCUGCUGAUGUCAAAGUCGGUGAUGUUGUGCUGACGCCUCAUUUUUGGUCUGUUUUUGCAGCCGGUGACUUUGCUGCUGUGUACUGCUUCCCGGUUGUUCGAUGGAGGUGGAGGCAGCAGGCGUAUCGGCACCGGCUGAGCAACAAACAAGACGGUAGCAAACGGAACCAUCGCAGGUUCGCUGGGAAAAAGAGAACAGCCAACGCUGCGUAA